GGUGGUUCAACCACCAACCACAAGGCCACACCGUAAAGCCCAUUUUUGAUCUUUCCCUGCAAAAUAUGUCUGGACGAGGUGGCUUUGGACGUGGCGGCGGAGGCCGAGGUGGUGGACGUGACGGUGGUCGCGGUGGCGGACGCGGCUUCGGCGGUGGCCGUGGCGGCGGAGGUCGUGGUGCCGCCGGCGGUCGUGGUGGCUUCGGCGGCCGUGGCGGACGUGACGGUGGUCGCGGCGGAGGUCGCGGCGGUGGACGCGGUGGUCGCGACGGCGGUCGUGGUGGCCGUGGCGGCCUCGCCGGUGGCAACAAAGUGCUUGUUGAACCCCAUCGUCACGCCGGCGUGUUUAUCGCCCGCGGCAAGGAAGACGCUCUGGUCACGUUGAACUCGACGCCCGGCAAGUCCGUGUACGGCGAAAAGCGUAUCUCCGUGGACGUGCCCGCCGCCUCUGGUGAGGGCACGGAGAAGGUCGAGUACCGCGUGUGGAACCCUUUCCGCUCCAAGUUGGCCGCUGCCAUUCUCGGCGGUGUGGACAACAUCUGGAUGGGCCCUGGCUCCAAGGUGCUGUACAUCGGUGGUGCGUCUGGUACCACCGUGUCGCAUGUGUCCGACAUCGUGGGCCCUACCGGCGCCGUGUACGCCGUCGAAUUCUCGCACCGAUCAGGCCGCGACUUGAUCAACAUGGCCAAAUCCCGCACCAACGUGAUCCCGAUCAUCGAAGACGCGCGUCACCCCCUCAAGUACCGCAUGCUGGUACCGAUGGUCGACACGAUCUUUGCCGAUGUGGCUCAGCCGGAUCAAGCCCGUAUUGUGGCUUUGAACGCCAGCUACUUCCUCAAGAACGGUGGCCACUUUGUCGUGUCCAUCAAGGCUAGCUGCAUCGACUCGACCGCGCCCGCCGAGGCCGUGUUUGCCCGUGAAGUCAAGAAGCUGCAACAGGACCAGUUCAAGCCCGCGGAACAGCUCACAUUGGAACCAUAUGAGCGCGACCAUGCCGUCGUGGUCGGCAGCUACCGAGCCCCGAAGAAGGACAAGUAAGAAACGGCUACCGCUUAAUCGCGUUUGUGUGAAUAGAUUUAAAUAUACUUGGGAGAUUCAAGUCAAGGCUGGCACGCGAGAGAAUGUGUGUGUGUACGAGUCGCUAGCGAGUGAAUGUAUGUGUGUAUUUGGAUGGUUGAAAAGUGUUGUGUGAUGGGAAUCCCAGUGAUGACACCCUUGCGUCGGGCGAUCUGAUAGCCGUAGCAAUAUGGCUUGAUGACAGACGCGAAGAUGUACAAAUAACUAUCUCUGAGGGACUCCCACCUUUUCAUGUGUAGACUAGUUGCGUAGGUACUACUUGUAGGUAGUGUGGUGUAGAAGAAACGUAGGUAGUAGCGUCGUACAGGUUGUAGUGGCUAACUACUCAUGUAACAAUGGUUCGUGUUUCCUGUUU